AUGAACUUUAGUAAAGUCUUUGACAAGGUUCCGCAUAUGGAGGGAAGAUGCCUGUAUGUGAUUCUACUCAUGGCAACGUACUGGUGCACAGAAGCUUUGCCGAUCGCUGUGACAUCCCUGCUUCCAAUUAGCCUCUUUCCCCUACUUGGUAUCUUACCAUCUUCCAAAGUCUGUCCUCAGUACUUUCUUGACACCAAUGCUCUCUUCUUGAGUGGCCUGAUCAUGGCAUUGGCGAUUGAAGAGUGGAACUUGCACCGUCGAAUAGCAUUGGCUGUCCUUUUAUUUGUGGGAUUGUCUCCAUCUAUGCUUAUCCUGGGGAUGAUGAUGACCACAUGUUUUCUGUCAAUGUGGCUUAGUAACACUGCCACUACUGCCAUGAUGAUGCCAAUAGCCAAUGCAGUGCUCCAAAGCUUAUUUGGCAGCACUCAGAGGUCUGAUACGAUUAAAGAUGGCUUAGACACUAAAGGUAACCCAAUAUACUAG